CAAAAGUAGGAGCUACAUGCAAACAUUCAGUUGCUCUGAAUUCCUCUAAGCAAGAAUCGUUUUAUACAUAAACAGAAGUUGCACAGAGUUAUACAAACAAAAUACUUCAUAGAGAAGUAAGUUCCAUUCAAAAGAGUGAAGAGAGCUAAUAAAACAUGCCUCGCCUAACUCAAGAUAGAGAGACGCGCAUUUACACUAAAUGGAUAAAUUCAAAGCUUAAAAAGGAGCAUAUUUCAAAUGAGAAUUCGAUCGAAGACUUGCAAGAUGGUCGUGUUUUAAUUUCACUCGUUGAAGUCUUGUUAAAUACAAAAAUUAAUGCAGAAGAACCAAAAUUAAAGAUCCAUAAACUCGAAAAUGUCAAAAAGGUUCUGGAGUUGUUAAAAGAAAACGGGUUGCCCCUUACGAUGAAAAAUGAAGAAAUUGUCGAAGGAAACGAUACGCAAAUUUUAGCUCUAUUAUGGGAGAUUAUAUUGCACUUUCAGAUUUAUAGUGUUGUGCAAGAUAAACAAAGCACAGCUAUGAAACUUAAAGAUACAUCAUCACAAACAAAACCUCUUUUAAGUCAGGUUGAACAACAUUUAAUAAAAUGGAUGCAGAAUGUUCUUCAAGGAAUGUCUGACUUCAUCAUGGUUGAUGAUCUUGAAAGCAGCUGGCAAGAUGGUUUAGCAUUUGUUUUCCUUCUAUAUGUUUUUCGUCCAUCGUCUGUUGACUUACGCAAAGCACUAAAAAUGUCCGCUCAGGAGAAGCUGAUGUACUCAUUUAGUGUGGCAGAGGAGGAAUUUGGGGUUCCUUGCUUGUUGGAUCCUUUAGAUGUUAAAGAAGGCGAAGUUGAUAAAGAACGAAUGCUGAUAUAUUUUUCUUCAUUAUACGAAGUCUUGAGAAAUCAUGAAGUAAAAAAGCCUUCAGUAAAGCAAGAGAUUGAACAUGAAUCGAUAACAUUGCGUAUUGGAAAUGAUGCCAUGAAGGUUGAAAUAACAUCGAAAAAUAAGUCUGCUUUGCUUAUAAUGAAGCUUUAUUACACUGUCCUAUAUUCAAUGAAAGGAGUGGAAGAGAGAAUUAAGAAGAUCGCAGAAAAGGAACCAAGUCAGGAAAGGGCUAGAGAAUUGAGAGAAAUGCUAAUGGAAAUGCAAGAAAUACAGAAGAUGAUCGAUGAGUUGAAUGACGAAAAUAAAAAGAUUUCCUCAUCCUCAAGUUUUGAUCAAAAAGAAAUUCUUGAAGUCCUGAAAGAAUUUCGAGAACUGAGUAAACGAUGGUCGGCACUUGUAAAAUACAAUGGUAAAGAGUUGUUUAAGCAGCCCGCCACGGUAGUUUCUAGAAGCAUUGUUAACAGUGCUCAACUGAAGAUUGGAGACUACGUCAUUGAGAUUACGUCAGUGUCUUCCAAUGACAUCGUUGUAAAGUUUGUGGUCGUGUAUUAUGAAGUUAUUACUAUCAUUCAAAUGAUUGAAGAUAAAAUGAAAAUCAUCGAGCAGGAACAAUCAAGUUUAAAAACAUCACAAAUGGUUGAUGAGAUUGCUCAAAUGAUGAAUCAAGUCCAAGAAAUCAAGAUUAUUGAGUUAAAAGAUCUCAUGAGUGAAAUGAAAAUAGCUGAAAAUGUUGACUCAGAAGAACUUGAUGAAUUGAAUAAAGAGUUUAAAGAAUUUCAGUCUUAUGUUACACGAAUGAACUCUUUAAUCUUAAAAAAAAAGAAUGAGCCUUUUAUAUCCUUCAAUACACCAUCCAUGGAAAUUGAUGGCGAUGAUACAAAGAGAGCCUCAACUCAUGACAUCGUGUUAAGUUAUAAAACUGCUUACCCCAACAUAUUGUCAGCGGUUGAAAGACUGGAAAAGAGGAUCAACAAGAUGCAAGCCGAGAAUCCAAGCCAGAAAAACGCAAAAGCAUUGAAAGUAAUCGACAUAGAAAUGCAAGAAUUACAUAAGGUUUUAUGUCAAAUGCACAAUGAAAUGUCUACAUCCUUAGAAGUUGAUCCAAAGGAAUUUUCGAAAAUCCAUAAUGAAUUGGAAAAACUGAUUGAGCGAUGGUUGAUACUUGUAAAAAACAAUAAUAAAGAAAUCAUGAGACAACCAGCCAUUGUUCGAGAAAUCAAAACGAGAAAAACUGCUCAUAGUGCUCAUUUAACAAUUGGGGACAAAGUUAUUGAGAUCGAAUCUGUUUCCUCCAAUGGAAUUGUCAUCAAAUACAAGAUUUUAUAUUAUGAAAUUAUCACUAUCAUCGAAAUGAUUGAAAGUAACAUUAAAGUAAUUAUAAAAGAAGAACCAAGUCAAAAAACGGCUGCAUUACUUGAUGAGAAUAUUCAAAGACUACACCAGCUUCAAAAGAAUAUUUCAGAAUUACAUGAGCUCAUUAGUAAGAUAGAAGUGGCUAAAAAUGUUGAUUCAAAUGAGCUUAAGGAAUUACUAAAUGAACACGAAGAUUUCAUAGCUCGUCUUACUGAAGUUAAUGCUUUUAUCUCAAACGAGAAAGAAAGGCAACCAGUUCUGGUCACAAAGACUGUGUAUGAGACAAGUAGAGAGGAAGAAAUUGUACGAAGUUUACAUUCUCGAGUCAAAUUGAUUUUAACGUAAAAAUUGUUUUCUCAACAAACAUCAUAUCUUUCAUGAGAAAGCUUUACAGGUUUUGUUUUUUUUGAUGCAUUGUUCAACCAAACGAUUUGUUAUCACAUAAUCUUAAAAAAAUAAUUGUAUUUAUUCUAUAUAACCAUUAUGUAAAUAUUAGAAAAUUGUAGUUACAUAGACGCGAUUAUUAGCCUGGCUAACGGCAUUACAUUUUACAGGAUAUUGUACAUUUAAUAAAUAAAAGAUAUUUACUUCAAUGCUCAAAAAAA